AAGAAUUUUUUAAAAUUUUAAAAGCCUCCAAAUAUGGGCUUUGGCAUACUAAUAUUGAAGUUGGUCCUUGAGCCUAUUUUGGGCUAUUCUAUGGGCCCAUGGGCCACGACCUAUAAAUUGAGCGUGUUAAGCUCUUCAGACUUCCAUACAUCUCAAAGAAUGUCGCGCCUAGCCCGCUACAGCUUUUGGGCUCUGCAAUUGAGAAAGCUCCAUAGCUCUCACAUCGCAACGCUGUCGUUCCCCUCCUCCUUCUCGACUUCCGCCUCUCAGUCGACCGCGACUCGUCCUUCGCCGCCUCCCAUUCACGUCGGACUCACUGAGUAUGCGGGCCGGGGCGUGUUUGCCUCUCGGAGGAUUAGUGCCGGAGAACUUAUCCACACUGCACAACCCAUUGUUUCGCAUCCUUCGCUAUCUUCCGUUCACACCGUCUGCUAUUUCUGCCUCAGGAAACUUCCAAGCAGCGCCCGAAGCUUGGAAGCUUCUCAAACUGUGUCCUUUUGCAGUACACAGUGUGAAGACCAGUCCAAGAAGUUUUAUGAUGUUGAAAAGAAGGCAGAUUGGUCGAGAUUUAAUGAAUAUUGCAGACUGCAGGGUCUAAAGUAUCCGCUUCUGGUGAAGCGUCUGGCUUGUCAGGUUAUCUCCGGAGUCGUCUCGUCUGAUGUUCUUGACAUACUUCAACCAGAGAUUCCAUCAUCUGAUAGAAUUUCUAAGAUGAAAAAGGAAGUUGCCCUGCUAAAUAACACUUUUGAGGGCUCGGAUAUUGGGAGUGAGCAGAUGGCAUUUUUGACUGAAGAAUGGUAUGCUGGUGUGUUGGCACGGAUUCGUAUCAAUGCAUUUCGUAUUGAAUUGGCCAUAGGAUCAUAUGAAGAUCUUCUUUCCUUGGCAGCAGCAUCAGUAGAAGCAGAAGCUGCUGUUGGGAACGCUGUUUAUGUGCUUCCAUCCUUAUACAAUCAUGAUUGUGAUCCUAAUGUAAAUAUUGUGUGGAUUGAGAAUGUGGAUGCCAAAGUAAAGGCUCUCCGUGACAUUGAAGAAGGGGAAGAACUGCGGAUAUGCUACAUUGAUGCUAGCAUGGAUUACAAGGCUCGGCAGACAAUCCUGUAUGAAGGAUUUGGUUUCCAUUGCAACUGUCUUAGAUGCGCGUCAAAGGACUAAAUACUUACAAUUCAAGAGAAGGAAACAAACUCCAUCAAUUCAGAUGUCUGUCAGUUUAAAAGAAGACGAGAGAAGAAGAAAGAGAAAAGGAAGGAAAGGUUCUUGCAUCUUUUCAUUUUACUCCUCAGUUUUGCCUGCAGUCUUUAGUCACUAUGAGGAACAUAUUGCAAUAGAAGUUUGGUAGUCUUGGGAAAGGGAACAGUGAUAUUGAAGUGUACAUAUCCUAUCAGUAUCAGGUUUAUGGAUGCAUUACAAGUGCAGGUACUGUCCAACAGGUUAUAUUGUUUGAAUGAUCCUUCGUUAACAUAUUUAGGUUAAAUCCAUAGAAUGUAAUUGAUGGUGGAUAUUGUUGCAUCCCCUAUUCACUAUAUUUAAUUAUCACUAUUUUA